GAGGAGGCGGUCGUGCUGCCUGCCGAUCACGUCCGUCCACAUCCUACUAGGCUCGACUCCCAAGUGCAGCACAACGAUGGCCCUGCUCAAGUCAAACAAGGUGAUCUACUGUCUGGGGAACAUCUCCCCGUCCCUGGGAGUUCUGUCCACCCGCAACAGCUCAUGGUGGGGUGGAGUGCAGAUGGGUCCCCCCGAUCCCAUCCUGGGGGUGACCGAGGCCUUCAAGAGGGACACCAACCCCAAGAAGAUGAACCUGGGAGUGGGCGCCUAUAGGGAUGACCAGGGCAAGCCCUUCGUGCUCAGCUGUGUCCGCAAGGCAGAGGCUAUUAUCACAACCAAACAGCUGGAUAAGGAGUACCUUGCCAUUGGUGGUCUGGGGGAGUUUAACAAGUCCUGUGCCCAACUCGCUCUUGGUGAUGAUAAUGAGGUCUUGAAGAGCGGCAGGAACAUCACUGUCCAGACCAUCUCAGGAACUGGAUCUUUGCGCAUUGGAGCCAACUUUUUGUCUCGAUUCCACGGAGGUCCACGUGAUGUGUACCUGCCCAAACCGUCAUGGGGAAACCACACACCCAUCUUCAGAGACGCUGGCAUGCAGCUCAAAGCAUACAGAUAUUACGACCCCUCCACCUGUGGCUUUGACUUCAAAGGAGCUCUUGAUGACAUCUCUAAAAUCCCUGAGCAGAGUGUGAUCAUGUUGCAUGCUUGUGCCCACAACCCCACUGGUGUGGACCCCAGGCCCGAGCAGUGGAAGGAGAUCGCUGACAUUGUGAAGAAAAGGAACCUGCUAGUGUUCUUCGACAUGGCCUAUCAGGGCUUCGCGAGUGGAGACAUCGAUCGUGAUGCCUGGGCUGUGCGCUACUUCAUCGAGCAGGGACACAACAUCCUGCUGUCCCAGUCCUUUGCCAAGAACAUGGGUCUCUAUGGUGAGCGUGUGGGAGGCUUCACUGUAGUGUGUAAAGACGCAGAUGAGGCAAAGAGGGUGGAGUCUCAACUCAAGAUCCUUAUCAGGCCCAUUUAUUCCAACCCACCAAUGAACGGCGCCAGAAUUGCAGCAACCAUUCUCAACACACCAGAUCUGCGCUCACUGUGGCUGGAGGAAGUCCAUGGUAUGGCUAACCGCAUCAUUAAGAUGAGAGAGCAGCUGGUGGCUGGUCUGAAAAAGGAGGGAUCCUCCCACAACUGGCAGCAUGUCACUGACCAGAUCGGGAUGUUCUGUUUCACAGGCCUCAAACCUGACCAGGUUGAGCGCCUGACAAAAGAGUUUUCAGUGUACAUGACCAAGGAUGGCAGAAUUUCCAUGGCGGGCGUGACCUCUGGGAACGUGGGCUACCUGGCACAGGGGAUCCAUGCGGUCACCAAGUAGAGUGGAUCCUGCUGGGAGAGCGACAAAAUCAAAGCAGCAGUGUUGAGGAGGUUUUGUGUAUCACUUAUUCUGUCUCCUCCAUUCCACCUUCUGAAAAGAGUUUAGUUAUACAUCUUCUUGAUUGGAUUUCAUCACAAGUUCAACUUGGAACGGUCGCUGCUGUUAAACAGCUUUUCUUUUCUUUCUUUUUUUGUCAAACAGACUCCCCUGUCAAAUUGUAAAACACAUAUUUUCUCCCAUUACAGACGGAUCAUCUUUGCUUAUUUAUUAUGUGGAAUCAUCUGGCUGUGCAUUAGUAUCCUCCUAAAUGUGUGCUGUUUAUGCUGUGGGCCUGCUCAUUAUAAAACAUCAUGGAACCAACAUCGGCCUAAUGUUAGACGGUGCGCAAGUUGAAAUCUGUGUUGCUAUGUGAAAGCCUGUAGAAAAUGUGGUUUUUUUUUUUUUUUUUCUUAAUUUUAAUGGUGGAGUCAUAGCACUUUAUAAGCUGUAAAGAAUAGUUAGAGUUUCAAGAUUAGGCUGGCACUCUGUUUUUAUGUAUCAGUUAGGUACUCAAUUCACUAUCAGGCUAAUCUGUGACUAUCUGAACUAAAACAAUGAUACGGUAAUUCAGUCUCCUUUCGUUAUGUGUUUUAAUUUUUUUUGGUUUCAAUCUGGUUGGUCACAAGGCAACCCUGUCUCCUAGUCAGUCCAUUUUCACCCCUGAUACAAACAGCCACACAAGCCAAAAAGAGUUAAACUCAGUACAGAGAAGUGAUCAGUACUUUAAAUGAAUUCCACAAAGGAGAACUGUUUCUUCAUGUUGCCCCAUAACCCCAAAUCGACUGCACCAUUUCUUAUUUUAUUCGUGUUUGGUACAAGUACAAAUGUCAACUUGUGCGGUUAAAAAAGAUGAGUUGCCUGCUUGGGGUGAAUACGGGACAGUUCAUGAAAAAAUAUGCACAUGCUACUUAUUCACUCAGACAUCUUGGUUCAGUGUAUGAAUCUGUUCAUCACUGAGACUCUGAGACAAAUGGCAUUUAGAAAUGUGGGGUUUGCCUCCAGUCUGCUCAUACUUCUGAAAAUUCUGCCACUUUGCCUCCAUGUUUUGCAUUUGUCAUAAAAUAAUGGAUCACUGGUCAUGUACCUUAUUGAACAAACAAUAAACGGUUAUAGAGUAAA